AAAAGGGGGAGAGGGAAAAGAAACUCCAGCGAGUGCGUAAAAAAGUCUUUGCCUCCGCGACGGAUGCUCAAAAGUUCAGAAGUUUUUUUCCCGGUGCCUUCCCGAGGAGCUCGCGGCUGAGCAAAGGCGAGUGAGAAGCCGAGACGGAGCCCGAGGCAGCCCUUCAACCCUCCAGGCGUUGGAGAGAAGGUGGAUCUUUCGUCCUAAGCUGAGCUUUACACCAGAAAGGAGGAGGAGGAGGAGGAGGAGGGAGAGAGAAAGGGAGAAAUAUCCGGACCGGGGCCUCUCCCUCCACAUUUUUUCCCCUCUCCUCUCUUGCCUGCUGUUUACUUCGCCUGGCUGGGACCGCGUUUGUCAACCUGUUGGCGAGCUCCGCGGGAAAAACAACUCGGGAAACGGAGUGGGCUCCCCGUGAGUGCGCGCCUUUCUAUUUUUGUGCUCGAUGGAAGUAACUAACUUUUCUUCUCGGCGGCGGCCGCUUCCGUGGAGUGUCGGCGCCUCGGUUUAAGAAGAAGAACCCAGGAGGAGGAGGAGGAGGAGGGGGGAGGGAAAGAGAUCGAGUCCCCCCUCUCACCCCUCCUCCCUUUUCUCGCUGGCUGUUUUAUUUACUGAUUACUUUUUUGCGAGCAUUUUCCUUUUCGCACACUUGAGCCGAGGAAGGGAGAAAACCGACUAGGAUCCAGAAAGGGGGGGGAGUCGGUUCGUUCCCCCCCACUUUUUUUUCUUCUUCUUCUUUUUGGAAAAAAGGAAAAUCCUGGUCGCCUCUCCUGGUUUAUACUUUUUUGGCUCCGGAUUUGCGGAGGGGUGGAGGGGGGAAAGCAGAGGAGGCGGCGGCGGGGGAGGAGGAGGCGGCGGCGGAGGCGGCGGAGGAGGAGGCGGCCAGUCUGCUGCUGCUUGGUCCGGCUGGGCUGCUGGAAGGGAGGCCAUGCAGGCUCGCUAUUCGGUGUCCAGCCCCAACUCGCUGGGAGUGGUACCUUACCUCGGCGGUGAGCAGAGCUACUACCGGGCGGCAGCCGGAGGGGGCUACGCGGCCAUGCCUGCCCCCAUGAGCAUGUACUCGACUCACCCGGCAGCUCAUGAGCAGUACCCGGGCGGGGGCGGCGGCGGGGGGGCCGGCGGCUUAGGCAGGCCGUACGGCCCGUACCCACCGCAGCCGCAGCCCAAGGACCUGGUCAAGCCGCCCUACAGCUACAUCGCGCUCAUCACCAUGGCCAUCCAGAACGCGCCCGAGAAGAAGAUCACGCUGAACGGCAUCUACCAGUUCAUCAUGGAGCGCUUCCCCUUCUACCGGGACAACAAGCAGGGCUGGCAGAACUCCAUCCGGCACAACCUCUCGCUCAACGAGUGCUUCGUCAAGGUGCCCCGCGACGACAAGAAGCCCGGCAAGGGCAGCUACUGGACCCUCGACCCGGAUUCCUACAACAUGUUCGAGAACGGCUCUUUCCUCCGCCGCCGCCGCCGCUUCAAGAAAAAAGACGCCGUCAAGGACAAGGAGGAGAAGGAGCGCCUCCAGCUGAAGGAGCCGCCGCCGCCGCGGCACCAGCCGCAAGAGGGAAGCCAGCAGCAGCAGCAGCAGUCCCAGCCGCCUCCCCCCGUCAGACUUCAGGACAUCAAGACGGAGAACGGCUCGGCGUCUCCCCCGCAAGCCUUGUCCCCGCUGGGAGGAGCGCCGGUGCCCAAGAUCGAAAGCCCCGAGAGCUCCAGCACCAGCAGCCUCUCCAGCGGAGGAGGAGGAGGAGGAGGAGGCAGCCCGCGAGGUGGCCGAGCGCUGGGCUUGGAAUCCAGCGGAGCAGCCGAGUCCCAGCCGCAGAAUCAGCACCACCCCCAUCAUCCUCACCCGCACCCCCACCACCAUCAUCCGCACCCCCACCACCACGCUGCCCUCCAUCACCCACCGGCGCACCAUCAUCCCGGCGGCGGCGGCGGCGGGGGCUUCAGCGUGGACAACAUCAUCAUGACUUCCCUGCGCACCUCGCCUCAGGGCGCCUCCGCCGAGCUCCUGUCUUUGCCGCCGUCCGCCGCCGCCUCUUCUGCGGCCUCCUCGGCCUCUUCCUCCUCCUCGUCCACCGCCUCCACUUCCAGGACGGCCGCUCUGGCCUUGAGCAGCGGCUGCUAUUCCCCGGCGGCGCAGAGCUCGCUCUACAGCGCCCCCUGCAGUCAGGGCGUCAACACCACCAGCAGCGCGGCCUCGCCGGCGGGCGGCAUCACCGCCAGCACCAGCAGCAGUUACCACUGCAACUUGCAGGCCAUGAGUCUCUACGCGGCCGCCGCCGCCGCCGCCGCCGCCGCGGCCUCAGGGGGAGGGACGGGGAUCAACAGCGGAGGGGACCGAAGCGGCGGGGGCCACUUGGGCAGCAGCCCCGUCGAGCCGGACCCGCUGCCCGAGUACAGCCUGGCGGCCAGCAGUAGCAGUAGCGCCUCUUCCCUCAGCCUGAGCCCUCAGGAGGGGCACCCUCAAGGCGGCGGCCGCUUGGCCUCUUGGUACCUCAACCAAGCCUCGGCGGUGGGCGAGCUGACGCAUUUGGGCCCCGCUUCGGCUACGUCGGCCUCCUCCCCCUCCUCGUCGGCGGGCUACCCGGGCCAGCAGCAGAACUUCCACGCCGUGAGGGAAAUGUUCGAGUCCUCCCAGCGGCUGGGCUUGAACAACUCUCCCGGCGGCAAUGGCAGCGGCGGGGCCAGCAGCUGCCAAAUGGCCUUUCCCGCCAGCCAAAGCCUUUAUCGCCCUUCAGGCGCCUUCGUCUACGACUGCAGCAAGUUUUGACCGCCGGCAGCGGGGGAAGGGAAAGGAGGCGCCGAGCCGAGCCGAGCGGAGAGGCUUAUAUAAAGAACUCCCAUUCCAGGCCUCCCUUCCCCCACAAAACCAAAGAGGGGAAGAAAGAAAAAAAAAAAAACACUAUUCCGUGCAAAGGCGACAUUUGCCCAGUAGAUAAUUAUUAAGUCAUGGUUUGUUUUAAGGACAGUGUUACACCAAAUAACACGUAAGUUUGUAUGCUUUUCUCCCCUCCUCACCCCCCCCCCCCCCCCACUCUCCCUUUUGCCUUUGAAAACUGCCUCCCUCUCCCGUCCAACCCCUCAACAAGCGGCCCUCAAAUUUCCCAUUUGCUGCGCCAGACUGCUUGGAUGGCUGCCUGCCUUGCGCUUGACUGGUUGGAUGGCGACCUGAGGAGGCGCAUCCCCGCAACUGAGCGCGCAAGGCAGGCCGCGAAACCAGACCCACCUACCCAGCCACCCACCCCCGUGGCUCCCAACACGGGUGGGAGUUUUGCCGUUUGAUUUCAGUGAGGGCCUCUCGCCCCUCUUUGAACAAGGCGCAGCGCCUUUUCCAAAAAGCUGUAAGAAGUUUUUUGCCCGUUGACUCGUACGCAACUUGGAUUGCGCAGUACACGUGUUGUUUCUUCUCUUCUUUUUCCUUCUCCUUUCCUUCUUCUUUUCCUUCUCGCUUCCCUCCCCCCCGUCCCCCCUUAAAGGGCUGUUUUAUACGCAAAGACUUGUUUUAAAGUGUAAAUGGAACAUAGUAAUUUAUUUUUAAAUCUCUUGUUGGAUCGUUCGGACCAAACACCAAAAAUGUUUGCCCCUCUCCUUUAUCAAGAAAAAAAAAAAUAACUGACUUUAAAAUGACCUGAAACGCUCAUUUUUUUUCUUCUUCCAUUAUAUAAGAAAAAAAGGGGGGAUUGUAUUAAUCUUAUUUUAUCAUUUUAUCAUUUUUCCUUUUGUUGUUGUUGUUGUUGAAGAUACCUUGAAGUUACUGACUUUUGUUUAUUAAUAAAUUACCAUUCAAUUGGA